CAUGUUUGGUUUGUAGGAUUUUCCAAAAAAAAAAAAAAAAAACCUUUUGAAAGACAUUAACUCAAGUUUUGGAUGAAGACACCAACAGUAGAUCUGGUUAAUAUAUGAUUAGACAUGUGUAAAAAAAAUGAUUAGACAUUUGUAUUCUUUGUAUAAUUGCAUGUUGGGGAUGUGUUUCUACAUAUCUUAACAUCAUCUUCCCCACUCCGAUUUCUCAUUAACCUUUUUAUUUUCUUUCAGAAACAUACAUGAUGCAUAUCUAGUCUGUCACAGUCUGCAUAAAGUCUAGUCACUGGGCAACUAUAAUAAGCUUUCUCUAACUCACAUUACUUGCCACUCCAAAAAUCAGAUCAUUAUAUUGCUGUGACAAGCAAACUAGGGACUCCUUUAACGGAGAGUUAGAGAUAUAUUAGUAACUUAGAAUAUAACGUCCCCACCAUGUAUGCAUUAUAAGUAUAAGCAAAACUAGUGAAUUUGAAAAGAAUUUGCAAUUGAAAACUCUGAAUCAGCUUUUACCAUUUCUGUGUCGGCCAUUACUCAUUAGUAACGUUGGACCCACCAAGUAUGGUCGCAGAUGGCAAACGACAAUUACACAAUCUAACCAUUAGAUAUUUCCAUAUUCAUUACAAUUUGCAAGCUAAAGUACAUCCUUUGGUAAAUAAGUUUAAGCUAAAGAUUUGGAUAUGUUAAGUGGUGUGCUAUAACAUAAACCCCCAGUCGAAGAUGCUGAAAUAAUAAUAAAAAAACCUUUGCUCAGUGCCCAAGUGGGUUUUAUAUUGCUGACGUGGUGUCCAAAAGAGAAGUUCUGAUUGGUGGAAUAAAGCGACUUUCUCCAUGCAACCUAGUUGUAUUUCAUGAUGAAAUAAGUGGGAAACCAAACUUUGUAUUGACGAAUGAUCUACACUCUUUAGACGAUAAAGAAAGAAGAGCGUGGAAGUUUCAUAAAUAUUUUUUUUUCCUUUAACGUCUCACACAAACAAAAGGUUGAUCUCUCUCAUAAAGAUAAGUUAAUUCUUUUUCUUUUUUGGACAAAAGAUAAGUUAUUCUUUAUAAGUCAUAUAGUUCUAGUUAAAGUAUCUCACUAAGAUACAUAAUAUUGAAACAGAUCUGCCCAAGAUUAUCAUUAAUCAAAUAAAGAGAUUUUCAAACCGAUUAUCACCCAUGUUAUUUGUGAGUGGUUUACAAGAUAAUAUAUAGUAUAUUGGUGUAGAUCUCCCUGGAUGAUUUUUUACUAAACACAACUAAUUAUAAAAUGUCAAAAAGUAAUGAUAGCAAAAUAUCCAGGGUGAGGGGCAUACACUUGCUUAACUAAAUCCGAAUAACGCUAUAUACUCUGUAAUCCGAAUAACGCUAUAUCCAGGGUGAGGGGCAUACACUUGCUUAACUAAAUCCGAAUAACGCUAUAUCCAGUUUGAUCUACGGUCUGGCCUCUUAAUAGAGAGUAUAAAAGAACAGAAGAAAAAACGAUUGAAGGAAAGACCAACAAGAGAAGCUAGAGGGGACAGAAGUGGCCACUUACCACGUGGAGUUACAUAAAGUAUUCAUAAACUGACCUGAAAAUAAUUUAGAUGGUCCAUUUCCAGUACAUAUAUAUUUUCUUUUGGACAUCAAUCCUUUAAAAUUUAUUGUCAUUUUCCUCUCCUGUCAUUUCAUCAGAUGUACUAGCUUCAUAACUGUUUUCAGUACUGCUUCAUUUUUUCAGUUGUCGUUUGUAAUCCACUUAAAGAAAAUACUGCACAUACACCAACUUACCAGUUUCAACUUAUUGAUCAUGGCCAAGGACUAAAGGGGUUGCCCUAACCUGAUGACCUGGUUGGGUUAUUAACGUAUAUAUAUAAGGUAUAAAUGUAGAUGGUGGAGUUCCAAUAAGCUUAGCUUUUAAGUGUUUUGUGAAAAGUGUGUGAUAGCAAACCAAACCGACCUAUCGCUCUCAUCUCCAUAGUACUUUGGUCCAAUACUUGUUAUUACAAAAAUAUCUAAGAAAAUGUUUUACUAUUAGGGCAUUAUUUUCUUUGUCUAUUCCUUUCUAAUACCAUCUACUUCUGCUUCUGUUUACAGAUAAAAGCUUCUUUCAUAGCUAUUAAUAAUAGAAAGAGAGAGAGGGAAGAAAUCAUCACUUGGAAAAGAAAAAAUAAUAUGUUCUCUUUUUAGCCCUCAUGAACAUUUCUAGGGAGAAGCAACUGCCUUCAGAUCCCUCUUGCAUGGCUUCCUCCACAGCUUUUCCAUGUCAAGAUUCUCUAAACCAGAGGCAAGAACAGAGUUUUAAGGAUGAAGAAGCAGACGUUAACGAUUCUACUCAAGAACUCAAUCUCCUCGACUGCAUAGACACGAGUAUCGAUGUUAACCAGAGUUAUAACGGGUCGAUUACACCCACGGAACACAAACUAUUCUCAUGCAACUACUGUCAAAGAUCUUUCUAUAGCUCACAAGCACUUGGUGGUCACCAAAACGCACACAAGAGAGAGAGGACGUUGGCAAAGAGAGCGCAACGAAUGGGAGCAUCAGCUUCGGCUUUUGGACAUCCUUACGGUUUCUCUCCAGUUUCUUUCCAUGGACAAUACAAUAACAGGUCUUUGGAAAUUCAAGCGCACUCGAUGAGCCACAAUAUAAGUUCAUAUAACGGGUUUGGUGAUCAUUAUGGUCAUAUCAACUGGUCAAGACUACCACUUGAUCAACAACCAGCAAUAGGUAAACUUUCUUCAGUGGAUCAUUUUCAUAAUCAUCAUCAGCAUCAUCAUCAGAUGAUGAUGAUGAUGGAUCCUUCAGUAACUACACGGUCCAAUAACAUGGCUAGAUCAUCGAGCAACAUAGGAAGGAAUCUAGUAGGGUCACUGACUCUUGAACAAUGGCAAGGAGACGAAGGGUUGUUUAGCACAAUUCAGGAAGAGAAACAGAAUCUUGACUUAUCCCUCAAGCUUUAAAUGUCUUUUUCUUGAUUCUUGCAUUUAGUAGUAUCUUUUAAUGUGUUUUCAUUGAUUGUUAUCAAUUAACACUCUUAUGUGUAUAUGUUCCUGUCUAAUAAAAAUAUCUAAUGUACAUCUUUUCACGUAUCUACUUAGUCUUGGAUUUUUCGACUAUACAUACAUAGUGGAUUUCAUGUAGACACACAGCAACAGUGUAAAGCAUAUGCUGCAUAUUUAAUCUAAUUCCUAGAAUUGGAAAAGAAAUGUGUAUAGAGUAAAGGAAAAUAGAAGACAUUGAGAUCUGAGGGAAGAUUUGGUUCUAUUUGACAAGAAAAAGGAAAUAAUAUUAUAAUGUCAAAGUUGGUUUACCUAAAAGUUAGAACAAUCAUUCUAUUUACUUAAAAGUUGCUACGAAGACACUCGAACAGAACCAAACAUAUGUAAUAAAAAGAAGAUAGUUGCUGCGUAGGAUGAUUGUGACACUAAAAGCAAAGAGUACUAUAGAAGAAAACUGAAACUUUUUUUUUGAAUGAACUGAAACAUAUUAUCACUAAAGCAUCCAAUGCUUCUCUUUGUUAGACCCCAAAGUGGUGUAAACUAUGACAACGAAUGACCUUUCUUUUUUUGGCCCUCGAGGAUAAUUACUAAACGAGUCCGUGCACGCCACACACACACAGACACACAAGCAAAUUAAUUUUGCAUAAAAGGUGACACAUUAGCAAAAGCAAGCGACUAUCUAAAGGGGUGAAAGAACUAUACAUUUUAAAAGAGGCAAGUGUAAUGCUUAAGUACUGACUCCAACAUUGUGUAUUUUCCUGAAAUUGCAUGUAAUAUAAAGAACGGCACCAAUAGAUUGGAUUAUCUUCGUGGGUUUUCUUAAGCAUGGAUAACUUAAUAAAAGGCCAUCUCAUAUUUCAUAUGUUCAGAAAGCAUUACCAAAAAAAAACGACACAUAUUGCUUUCAUCACCAACGACUUCACGUGUUUUUUCUAAAAUUGGUCGAAGAUAAUUGAAUCAAGUAAGUCUCUAAUCAUGUCUUUUUCCACCACUAGUAAACAAUUUAGUGGCAGGAAGAAGAUAUGCUUGUUUGUAUUCACAGAGAUAAAGAAACAAAUAUAUAUAGUCAGAACGAACCAAACUCAUACAGUUCCAUGGAUAAAUCCAAGAAGAGCACAAGUGGACGAUCGCACAUCCAAAACAUGUAAUGUAACAAAACCUGACAAGCCAUUCGAAAAUCAUCUUCUUGUUUGUUAUCGUUUUGGCCCCAAAUCUUUCUUUGAUGCAAUCUCACUCACACUUGCCCUACACAUAACCAAAAUAAGUAGAAUCAGUUUCACUGAUCAAAUCAUUUGGCUACUUAAAUAAGACGCCCACCAGCGGAAAAAAAAAAACUAAACGGCAAGGGAAGUGGGCCGGGAAUGUGGGAGAAAGUAGCCUCUUUGAGUUGGGCCCCAAGGCCCAGAGACUUGUUUUCAAUGUUUACAAAGAUCAUAUAAUCAACUAAACAUGUCUAAACUUAAUAAUCUCUCUUGUUUCUAUCAAAUAUCUCAAGUAAUAUUGCUAGUAGGAAAUGACAAUUCUGCUAUUAACGAGUUCAAGUCCAAUCUCAAAUCUGCAUUUAAACUUUGAGACAUUGGUCCAGCAAAUUACUUUUUUUUUUUGGGUUUGAGAAUACACGCAACAACAUUGGUAUUGGGAAAUAUACUUUAGAACUUCUUGGAUGAUGGUUUACUAGGCUGCAAGCCUCUUUUAGUACCUAUGGAACUUAAUCUCAAGAUAUCUUCUGAUGAUUGUGUUCCACUUGAGGAUUCUUCGGUGUUCACGGGUAUCGCAGACUUUUGUAUUUGACGCAUACCCAACUUGAUAUCACUUAAUUAUGAUGUGCAUAGUUUGCGUCAAUACAUGUUUGCUCCACACACUGUUCAGCUAAUAAGAUUAUAUCUGAAGAAUGAUCCAUGCGAAGGUUUAUUUUACUCUACUUCACCUUAUCUCCAUCUUACUGCUUUCUCUGAUCUAAACUGGGUUGCUUAUCCGGAUUCUCGUUUUUCUACUACCGGAUAUUGUGUGUUUUUUUUUUGCUAAAAUUUGGUACGGAUAUUGUGUGUUUCUUGGUGAUUCACUCAUCUCUUGAUUUUUCAGGAAACAACUAAUAAUGUCGUAGCAGUUCAGAAGUAGAAUAUCGCACUAUGGCUGAUACUACAUGUGAGUUAGUUUGGCUGACAUCUUUGUACUUCAUGAUCUUCAUCGUCCUCCAUCAACUGCAUCCACUCUUCUCUGUGAUAACCAAUCAGCCUUACAUAAUGUUUCACCUCCACUGAAACACUCACUGAGAAUGAUUGCCAUGUGGUCUAUGAAAGGAUACAAAAUGGUUUUGUGAAGAUUUUACAAUAUUAGGUAGAUAAUCAACUUGAUAAUAUCUUCAUGUCCAACCGGGUUUGUUCUAAUAAUAACAAUGUUUUAGUAAUAAGGACGAUACUAGAAUCCAUACAUAUUAGUAUAUUACAGAACCGGCCUUAGAUUUAUAGGACUUGAAAUACCCCUUAAAUAAUCUAUGUUUAUAGUUUUCUUAACUAAUUUGGAGGGUCAAGUGAUACAUGUUAGUUUGCAUUUUAGGGGCUGAAACGAAUGUUUUGAAUUGUUAUGGCCAGGAUCGGUCUUGUAUGCAAUACUUCUGUUUAAAUUUGGGUGAACGAAAUACAUUUCCAUGCACUAGUACGAGACGACAUAUAACUAGUAUCAUAUAACAAGAAUGGAAAAAAACACAUUUUCAUAUGAAUAUGAAUACCUAUUCAUUCUUUAUUUGGUGAGUGCAGUGAAAUUUUUAUUGGGACAAUAGAAAAGGACAUUCCUCAAAGGAAAAAGGGUCACAGAAGUUCAAAGAAGUAAUGAUGAUCAACUCACAAGCAUGCCCAUUAUUUUAAAUCUCACCUUUACUGCUAUAAAAUGCUUUAACAAAACAUAAUAAUUGGAAUAAACUACACUUUUGUAAUUCCCUCCUAUUUUUUUCAUUAUUUAUUUAUUAAUUAAUUUACCUUUCUCAAAAGGUUGUGGGGGAAACAAAAUCAAUUUCCAAACAGGUGUUAUAAUCAUUAUAAGUUCCAUUCGAUAAAGACCUCGAUCCAAAAAACAAUAGCAUCACGUUGAGAAACUAAUCUAUCUCAGUACUAUUGUUUGACAAAUUUUGUCACAUAUAACAUGGUUAUUUUCUUCUUUUUAUCUUUGUUAGUGGAUCUAUGAGAGUAUAUAUAGUGGCUAAAUAAUUGUCACGUAGGCAGUAUUUUAGUUGUUACCAAAUCAAUUGAAAUCGGUUGCUAGCCUACUGUACAGAACUCCGAGCAAAAUAAUUUGGAACAUCUCAUUAGAUUUUAAAGAAGUCUUAUAAUUGCUUUUGACAAACCAUUGUAGAAUUUAUAUGAGCUUAUAAGUUAAAAUUGAGUUAUUAUAGCGUUUAUGUCCCUUUUGUCAACCUUAUAAACUAUAGGCUUUUGUCACAUCUUCGAAGACUUUUUAAAAAUCUUCCAUCAGUUUUCUUAGUUAGAUAAACAUACAAUUAUGUGGUAUAAUGGUAAAUUUAUUUACAAAUCAAAGGAGUGUUAUUUAUUGUAAAAAUGAUCAGCAGCAUACCAAAGAUGAUAAGAAAGUCUCAUCAAAUCAAAGCCAAAAGCUGUUCAAAUCAUAGUUUACCCUGAUUAUUUAUAUCAUCAUCAUCAUAAGUUAUACGAUAUUGUAUAUGCAUAGCUUGCGUAAUUUACUUCUAUCUAUUUUCAGAAUGAUAUAGAUUUAUAGUUUAAUAUCUACAGCAUGCAAAUAAAGGGGACAAGAAAUCUUUUUGCAUCCAUAUAAUUCCGAACGUCAAAUCAUUUAUGUGCUGCAAUUUAGAUGCAUUGCAUGUUUACUGGUUUAUAAUUAUGUCGUAACGGGCCAACUAACCAUACUGAAUUAUCAUUCACUUAAAUUCAAUUAUAUAUGUUCCUAACAACUGAUAAAAACGUGUACAUGCUUGCAAGAAGAAACGAUCGAUCGGAGUGGAGAUGCUACCGAAUUAUAGUAACUGCGUUGCAAUUAAUCUUUUACUGUGAUGCAGACUUGCAGUAUUAAAUUGUUUAGAAGAUAUGGUGUAGUAGUGUGGUUAUAAUUGUUUCACCGUAUCCGUCAAACGUUAUGUAUAGAGAGUGAUUGCGGUUGCACAUUUUAAAAAUCAGCAAGAAGAAAAUAACUUUAUUUGUGUUAAACCAAACAAAAUAUUUCAAAACGUUGAUUAAACAACAAAACCCUUAUGUCACAAAUCAAAGAACAUAGUUUAAUUUAAGAUGUGUCGACAGGGCCGGUUCUAGGCCAUGUUAGAUAAAACAUUUGCAAUAAAUCCCUAAAUUUUUUGAAAAAAAUUACAUAUAAAUAAGCUUUACAAAAAAUUUUAGAUUUUCAAAUUUG